GGGCGGCAGGGCGCGCUGCGCUGAGCUGGGCCAUUGUGUGGGGCGGCUUUGUGCCGACGCCCCUCUGCUGGGGGCGCGCCCGUGCGGGUCGCGCCGGCGGGGCGGGGCGGAGGCCGCGGGCUGCGCGUCCUUGUCCGGGCGGCGGGGGCGCUGUAGCCCUGUACCCGUGGCUGCCCCGCCGGCCCGGAAACUGCGAGUAUGCCCGGCAGGGCGGCAUGCGCCGAGACCGAGGAACGCGAGCGCCUGGGCAGGCGGUGCCAUGGGGGCGCCUGUGCUGGGGGCGCCAGGAGAGCCACCUUGAGCCACGUCUGUGCCCCAGGCUUUCGGGAGGGUCGGUGAGUGCACAGUUGGCGCUGCUCCACGCGCCCCGGGCGCACGCACUCCCCGGUGCUUGGAAUUGCCUGGCAGUGCCCUGGCCCGCCCCCCCGGGCGCCCCGCCCCCCCAUCCCCCUUCCGCCCAUCCCCCCCCCUGCCCCCUCCCCCCCGCCCCCCCCACCCGGCGAUCGCUUGGGAGACGGUUACCUCGAGCUCCACCUCAGCUGCGGAGCGCCGCCGCGGAAAAGAGCAGGUGGGCAGCGCAGAGAGGCGACGCUGCCUCUCCAGCCUGUGGGCCAAAGCUGACCAACUCCCCCACCGUCAUCGUCAUGGUGGGCCUCCCCGCCAGGGGCAAGACCUACAUCUCCAAGAAGCUGACUCGCUACCUCAACUGGAUUGGCGUCCCCACAAAAGUGUUCAAUGUCGGGGAAUAUCGCCGGGAGGCUGUGAAGCAGUAUAGCUCCUACAACUUCUUCCGCCCCGACAAUGAGGAAGCCAUGAAAGUCCGGAAGCAGUGUGCCUUAGCUGCCUUGAGAGAUGUCAAAAGCUACCUGGCGAAAGAAGGGGGACAAAUUGCGGUUUUCGAUGCCACCAAUACUACCAGAGAGAGGAGACACAUGAUCCUUCAUUUUGCCAAAGAAAAUGACUUUAAGGCAUUUUUCAUCGAGUCCGUGUGUGACGACCCUACAGUUGUGGCCUCCAAUAUCAUGGAAGUUAAAAUCUCCAGCCCGGAUUACAAAGACUGCAACUCCGCAGAAGCCAUGGACGACUUCAUGAAGAGGAUCAGUUGCUAUGAAGCCAGCUACCAGCCCCUAGACCCCGACAAAUGUGACAGGGACUUGUCGCUGAUCAAGGUGAUUGAUGUGGGCCGGAGGUUCCUGGUGAACCGGGUGCAGGACCAUAUCCAGAGCCGCAUCGUGUACUACCUGAUGAACAUCCACGUGCAGCCGCGCACCAUCUACCUGUGCCGGCACGGCGAGAACGAGCACAACCUCCAGGGCCGCAUCGGGGGUGACUCGGGCCUGUCCAGCAGGGGCAAGAAGUUUGCCAGCGCCCUGAGCAAGUUCGUGGAGGAGCAGAACCUGAAGGACCUGCGCGUGUGGACCAGCCAGCUGAAGAGCACCAUCCAGACGGCCGAGGCGCUGCGGCUGCCGUAUGAGCAGUGGAAGGCGCUCAAUGAGAUCGAUGCGGGCGUCUGUGAGGAGCUGACCUACGAGGAGAUCAGGGACACCUACCCUGAGGAGUACGCGCUGCGGGAGCAGGACAAGUACUACUACCGCUACCCCACCGGGGAGUCCUACCAGGACCUGGUCCAGCGCCUGGAGCCGGUGAUCAUGGAGCUGGAGCGGCAGGAGAACGUGCUGGUCAUCUGCCACCAGGCCGUCCUGCGCUGCCUGCUGGCCUACUUCCUGGAUAAGAGCGCAGAGGAGAUGCCCUACCUGAAAUGCCCUCUUCACACUGUCCUGAAACUGACGCCUGUCGCUUAUGGCUGCCGUGUGGAAUCCAUCUACCUGAAUGUGGAGUCCGUCAGCACGCACCGGGAGAGGUCAGAGGAUGCAAAGAAGGGACCUAACCCGCUCAUGAGACGCAAUAGUGUCACCCCGCUAGCCAGCCCCGAGCCCACCAAAAAGCCUCGCAUCAACAGCUUUGAGGAGCAUGUGGCCUCCACCUCGGCCGCCCUGCCCAGCUGCCUGCCCCCGGAGGUGCCCACGCAGCUGCCCGGACAAAACAUGAAAGGCUCCCGGAGCAGUGCCGACUCCUCCAGGAAACACUGAAGCAGACGUGUUGGUUCCAUUCCGUUUCCAUUUCUGCAGCUUAGCUUGUGUCCUGCCCUCUGCCCGAGGCGAAACGUAUCCUGAGGACUUCUGGAGAGGGUGGGAUGGAGCAGCGGGGGAGCCUUGGCCGAAGAGAAUCGUAUUUGGCAUCCUCUGUGUCCCCUCAGCCGCUGGACACUGGAAAGCCACGUGGGUCCCUGGCACCCUGCCUUUAGCCACGGGGCCCCAACCUCCACUCUCUGGGUUUCCUAGGAGCGUCCAGCUUCGGAGACCUACAAGGCCUUGGGAGGGUGAUGAGUGCUGGUCCGGACAAGAGGCCGCUGGGGACACUGUGCCAUUUUAUUUUGUUUCUAUGAUCUCCUGGCACAUUUGGAGCUGGGAAGACCACACUGGUGGCAGAAUCCUAAAAUUAAAGGAGGCAAGCUCCUAGUUGCUGAAGGUCAAGGAAUGUGUACGAACUUCCACGUGGCUGUUUGAUGCAUCUUGACCUGGGAAGACGCCUCAUGGGCAUGGACUUGGAUAGGUGUUGGGUUGGGGCGUCUUCUGCAAGAAGCCCCUGAGCUGAGAUGCAAGUUGGCUGGGUGGUCCACACUUUGGCUGUCCCGCAGGUCUACACACCUUCCAGGCCUGCGUUCUGCCUCCAAAGAUGUUCAAGGGCAGGCUGGCUGCAUGGGGAGAGGGAAGUAUUUUGCUGAAAUACGAGAACUGGGCCCUCCAGGGCCCCUCUCUCCUCCAACCUGGACUUGGGGGGAACUGAGAAACACUUUCCUGGAGCUGCUGGCUUUUGCACUUUUUUGAUGGCAGAAGUGUGACCUGAGAGUCGCACCUUCUCUUCAGGAAUGUAGAUGUUGGGGUGUUUUGCCCUGGGGGGGCUUGGAGCCUCUGAAGGUGGGGAGCGGAACACCUGGCAUCCUUCUCCAGCACUUGCAUUACUGUCCCUGCCCUUCCCAGGUGGGGACAGUGGCCCAAGCAAGGCCUCACUCCCAGUUGCUUCUUCCAGAGCUGCCUGCACACUGUCUUGGAGCAUCUGCCUUGUGCCUGGCACUCUGCCGGUGCCUUGGGGAAGUCGGAAGAGUGGACUUUGUCCUGGCCUUCCCUUCAUGGCAUCUGUGACAUUUCUGUGGUGAUGGAAAGCAUGGGACCUGUCAUCUCAGCCUGUUGGUUUCUUGUCAUUGCCUCAAACCCUGGGGUAGGUGGGGCGGGGGGGUCUCGUGCCCAGAUGAAACCAUUUGGAAACUCGGCAGGCAGCGGAGUUUGUCCAAAUGGCCCUUUUCAGGACGUCUCAAAGCUGGUGCCAAAGGUCACUUUUCUUUCCUGCCUUCUGCUGUGAGCCCCGAGAUCCUCCUCCCAGCUCAAGGGACAGGUCCUGGGUGAGGGCGGGGGAUUUAGACAGCUGAAACUGGGCGUGGAAAGAAGAGCCGUUGCUCUUUGUUUUUCAAGAAGAGCUGUUGCUGUUUGUUUUUCGAGAAGAGUUUUUAAAGAAUGCAUGUUUUUUUCCCGGUUGGAAUUGAGUAGGAACUGAGGCUGUGCUUCAGAUAUCGUACAAUCAAGUGGGGGAUUGUCACGCUGAACCAUUCAGGCCCUCCCUGCCCAUCACACGCGCUUUGGCUGGCAUCUCAUCUGCUGGAGGGGGUGUCUUUGUCUGCAUUCCGGUGCAACUCCAGACUCACGCAGUUUUCUCUCUCCCUGGAUGUUGAGUCUCAUCAGGGUGUGUGGGAAGGGGGUGGGCGUGCAUGGGUGCACGAUUGUGCUUAACUUGGUUGUAUUUUUCGAUUUGACAUGAAAGGCCUGUUGCUUUGCUCUUGAGAAUAGUUUCUCGUGUCCCCUUCGCAGGCCUCAUUCUCUGAACAUCGACUCUGAAGUUCGAUACAGAUGGGGGCUUGAUAAAGCUGUGUUCCCCUCUCCCCUCUGACUACCUAAAAUCAGCACCUAAGUACAGAAGCCUUGGCCUAACACGGGCCUUUAGUUUGGGAAGGGCCUAGAUGGGAAGAGAGGGGACAUGAAUCUGGACAGGGAGGGAGAUCCUACAGAAAGGAGAACACGGCCCACGUUGCAAGCCAGUGACCUGCCUUUUGAGGGGACGUUGGACGGGGCAGGGGUGGGUUUGAGCUAUAGUCAUGAAUUUUGGCGUCUACUGAUUCUUACCAACUCCCCACCCCACAAAAAAAUAACGGGGACCAAUAUUUUUAACUUUGUCUAUCUGUUUUUGGGUGAGUUUCCCCCUCUCCUUAUUCUGUCCUGAGACCACGGGCAAAGCUCUUCAUUUUGGGAGAGAAGAAAAACUGUUUGGAACCACACCAAUGAUAUUUUCGUUUGUAAUACUUGAAAUUUAUUUUUGUAUUAUUUUGAUAGCAGAUGUGCUAUUUAUUUAUUUAAUAUGUAUAAGGAGCCUAAACAAUAGAAAGCUGUAGCGAUUGGGUUUUGUUGUUAAUUGGUUUGGGAGCCUUCUAUGUGUGACUUACGACUUCUCUGUGUUCUGUGUAUUUGUCUGAAUUAAUGACCUGGGAUAUAAAGCUAUGCUAGCUUUCAAACAGGAGAUGCCUUUCAGAAAUUUGUAUAUUUUGCAGUUGCCAGACCAAUAAAAUACUUGGUUGAAAUAGA